AUGUCCAGGUACACCGGGUCCUUCAGGUGUUGGGCCGCCAUCAACAUCCGCAUAUCCGGAAAGAACACGAGAAACAACUUCUCCAACCUAGUCGACGAGUUCAUCGACCAAUCCGGUUUCGACACAUCUCUCUUCCCUCCCAGGGUCCCCUGUCGACUCCAAGAAACAGUCACGAGAGAAAUGGAGGUAUCUGCCAAGAACUCUAUUGUCGUGCACCUGGAGGCCAGGAUCAAGGGGUUCCUGAGGUUCAGGCUCAUGAACGAUUCCCAGUUGGCAUUCCUACACCUCCCCGCGAAGGAUCGAUCGAGAUUACCUUCUCUCUGUCAAACAACUGCCUGGAACGAGAGACGAGAGGAGACCUCGAUCCCGGGGCCCUCCGAGAGGAAACGAAGACGAGAUCCGACGAGGAAANGCCGGAAGAUAGUCGCUGACCGAGUUUAUGCAUACAACCUGACCGUCGUCGGUCCAGGGUGCGCUUCAGUGGUUUCUGUAAGGUCGUGUCCCCUGGAAUUCUGCAGGUGUGUCGGGAGCGUUCGCGAGAAAAGCACGGACUGGGAAAUGAAGGGAACCGAGUACUCCGUGAAGUCUGGUAGGACCAUGCUGGAAGGGCGAGAGAAGAAGAGGAGGUCGAACGACGAGUACGGGCGGUGUUUCCCCAGAUUUUCCGCGGUCAAGAAGAAGACAGCCAGAAAGUCGUCUUUUCUCGCGUACUGUCGUGUGGCGGCCAAAACGUUCAAGGUUAUGUUCGCGGAAAAGAUGAAGAGGGCAAGGAAGAGGUCGAGGUUUCACUCAUCGAGGCUUGUACAGAAGACUGUUGACAAGCUGGCUUCGAACAUAGCUGCGUGCCCUUCCGACCGCAAGAACAUCGUUCUGUUCGGGAACGGGAGCUUCAGGGCGAUGAAAGGGUACGCCUCCGCGCCUCGAAAGAAGCUCGUGAGGGCUAUCUGUUCGAGGGUGAAUGUGGGGAUGUUGGACGAGUUCAGGACUUCCAAGAUGUGCCCCGGGGGGUGUGGCGGGGAGAUGACUGACGUUCAGGGUGGGAUAGACAGCGUUGGUGAACAAUGUAGAGAGAUCGUAACCAGUGUGGUGGCGUUUUGCACAGAGCACCGGGAGAGCGGCAUGGUGAAUGUCAGGUCCAAGCGUUGUGGCCGCAGCGGCUGCUCCACCUAUCCGAUGUUUGGCAUAGAAGGCAGCCCGGCGGCGUUCCGUGGGACGCACAAGGAGAGCGGCAUGGUGGAUGUCCGCUCCAUGCGUUGCCGCCGCAGUGGAUGCGUUAAGCAGCCGUCCUUUGGUGUAGAAGGCAGCGCGGGGGCGUUUUGCACAGAGCACAAGAAGAGCGGCAUGGUAAAUGUCCGUUCCAAGCUUUGCGGCCGCAGUGGAUGCGUCAAGCAGCCGUCCUUUGGUGUAGGAGGCAGCGCGGCGGCGUUUUGCACAGAGCACAAGAAGAGCGGCAUGGUGAAUGUCCGGCUCGUGGUGGUCAAGGGGUCGCUGAAAAGCCUUCGUCGCUUCAGGAGACAGGAUUGGGUGCUGCUGGCGGUGGUGCCGACGGUGACAACCGAACUUCAUCUUCUCCUCAUGGCUUCAGCGAUGACGACACUGAAAAAGUCGUCGUUCACACCAGCGACGGAGACAUGA